ACACCGGCUGGAAAAUAAAAAUGGCUACCACUGUGUGCUUGUUAUUGUUCGUGGAAUUUUAAUAAUUACGAAGUUUUUUGUACAAAAUAAACAGGAUAAACGCAUCGCUGCAGCGCCAACUGAAGGCCCCAAAGCAAGCGCGAAUCUUUCGACACCAAACCGAGCGUUUUCCGAGUGCCCGCAGGCGAUCGAACCGUGUGAAAUUAAGCCCCCGAAAAUCGGCUGCCCGAAUGCGUGAAAAUUUCGGAGACCCGCAAAAGGGGCAUUAUUAUUCGGCUGCCGGAUGUGAAAUGGAGAACAGUGGGGGCCCAAAUACCUUGCAAUUGCCCUGAACAAUUAUUUAAAAGCGGGCAGGCCAGGUUUCCAGCAGGAAAAGCGCUUGAAAAGUGACGCAGGAAAAUCCCUAUCCGCGCCCCGCACGUGUGUGUGUGUGUGAGUGAGUGUGUUUGUGUGCGUUGGUGAGGCUACUACUAAAAAAGAAAAAAAAAAGUUAAAAGCGAAAAGAGAGAGAAAAAAAAAUAGUGGAAAAUGCCCAAAAACAAAAGUCGCAGAGGUUAAAACAAAAAACUAGCGAAACCGAAUCGAAAGACGACAAUAAUUCGAAAAGAAAAACAUAAUAAAAUGCAAUUGCUCCACUUCCGAUUUCCAUGCAAAGGACGCCACGGCGGUCAAUCGAAAGCUAAAUGCGAGAAUUGAGCAGCGUUCUACCAAUUAAACCUACGACGCGUGCGAUUGUCGUGUGAUGAUAUGCCACUUAAACAGCAGCUUGAACCGUCACUGGUGCGGAUAUUGGUCUCGCUACCCUGGGAUGCAGCGCAACGGCUGCGCCAGCUGGCCAACGAUGGGAAUCCCGAGCUGCGCGCCCUCAACAUUCAGUCCGUGCAAUUCGAGGGCGAUUCUGUGAUAACUUUGAAAGCUGGUGGAGAAGAUAUUAAGAUAACCAAGUAUAAUGUAAACGAGACACUUGAGGCGGCUGGCUCGCUUUCCGGCAACAAAAGUGGUCUGCUGGCCACGGGUUUCGAUGGCCCCAGUACCAGCAAGGCGGCCUCCGCCUUCAUGCAACAGCAGCAACAACAACAACAGCAGCAGCAGCAGAGGAUCCUGCAGCAGCCCCAGAACGAUGCAAUCUCACUUCAGCAAAAAAGAGCGGCGGCGGGUCUGGGACUCCUGAAGAUGCCCCUUCAGACGCAACAGCAGCAGCAACAACAGCAGCAGCAGCAGGUGGCCGUCACUCCCGCCGUCUUCAAAUCCCCCAAUACCGUGUGCCCAAUGGAGGGCAAGGUUCCGCUGCUGCUGCCCUCGCCCUCGACCACGCGGGAUUUCCCCUUCGAGAGUAUGCGGCAGGCGAGAGUACUGCAAGGUCGCGAGGCGGGCGGUCUGGGUCCGCCCCUGCCGCCACCGCCUCCUCCGCCAAAUGUAACCCUCAAGGUGCUGAAGACGCAACCGCAACAACAGGCGCCUCAAAACGGCGAGCUAACACCCACAACAACGCCAACAUCAGCGACUCCAACGACGCCCGGCAGCAAAUCUCAGUUCAUCCAGCCACCGCCGCCGCCAUAUCCGGGUUUGGGAGCUGCCACGGCCAGCAGCGUCAGUUCACCCAUUGCCAUAGCGGGCGCCAAUGCCAAGCCAGCCAUUGUGACGGCACCCAGCCAGCAGAGCCAACUGAACCAUCCGCUUGGGCAUCCGCCGCUGCCUACGGCCACGUCGACGGGCAGCAACAACAUUGCCAUAUCGUCGCCGCUGCUGGUGAAUCUGCUGCAGAACGACGGCAAUGCCAUGUCCAAUCCGAACCAGCUCAAAUCGCCCCAACAGCAGCAGCAAUCGCCACUGAUCGGCAUGAGCCCCAGUGGAGCGCAGAUGAUGAACUCCCCGAUGCGAUCCUCCGGCCCGGCGACACCCAGCGAUUUCCUCAUGGGCGAUGUGCUGAGUCCGGUGGUGCCUUCCUCACCCACAACGCCUCAGGCGGUGGCUCCUCCUUGCCCGCCGCCCGUGGUGAUGCGGAGUCUGCAGCAGCAGCAGCAACAACAGCAGCAGCAGGCCAUGCUCAGUCCCAGCGGCAAUGGCAAUCAUUUGUAUACUCAGCAGCAACAGCAGCAGCAGCUGCAGCAACAACAGCAGCAAGGACCACCACCACAUCGCUUUCAGCAGCAAAACCAGCAAAUGUCGCCGCAGGCUGUGGCUCUGCGACAGCAGCAACUUCAACGACAACAGCAGAUGCGGUUCAUGCAACCGCAGCAGCAAUUACAGGGCCAGCAGCAGCAGCAACCACAGCAACAAUUUCAGCCUGCGCCUGAUUGUUUCAACAACAUGGGCAUGAGUCCCAUGCAACAGCAACAGAUAAGACAUCAAUUGAGACCUGGCGGCCUGCCGCUGGCCCCGCCGCCGCCUCAUCCGCAACAGCAGCAACAGCAAAGGCUAAUGAGCCUGUCCAUGCCGCAAGCGUCGCCCCAACAGCAAUUCAUGAGCGGAGCCUCGCCUUUGGGACCCGCACUCUCGCCCGCCUCCAGCCACCAUUCGAUGCACAGCCCGCUGAUGAACAAUCAUCAGGCACAGCAGCAGCAGCAGCCGCAAAUGGUGUCGCCAGUCCCUACACCUGGAACCUCCGCUCCCAGCGAACUGGCGGGACAGCAUAUGCCAGCCACUCACCACGUACCUGCAGCUCCGCCACCGGAUUACAAUCAGGCGGCAGCCAACUCCCGCUGGCCACUGGCCGGAAUCAAUAAGCCGAUGGACUCGGCCACCAAGAGCAGUUUCCAGGAGUUCACGCGCUACCAGAUGCAAUACAAUCUCCAGCAGCAGCAGCAGCAAGUCAACCUGCCAGGACAGCCGCAACAGCAACAACAACAGCAGCAGCAGCAACAGGCCCAACAGCAGCAACAGUUGCCGCCACCUGCGCUGCCGACUCAGCAACAGCAAGGCCAGCAGGUUCAGCAGCCACAGGUUGCUCCGGGUCAGCCUCAAGGUCAGGUGGACUCUUUGAUUUCGCUGUCCGUGCUGGAUGCUCUCACCACAAACGACUUGGACGCCCUGCUGCCAACUUUCAACUGUGAUCUGGACUCGACGCUCAGUCUGGAGGAUAAAAACGAGCUCGAAUCGCUGCUGCAGGAUGCCAAGGAUUUGGACUUGGAUCUGAUCGAGGAAAAUCUAUCGGCCGUUGACAUGGAUGUGAGGGAUGCGCUGAACACGCUGGAGGCGCCACUGGAGCAGCAGCAACAGCAACCGGCGUUGAUGCAGCCCCAACAGCAGGCGCCACAAAUUCUGCAAAUGCCCUAUCAGCAACCCCAGCAGCAGCAACAACAACAACAGCAGCAGCAGCUGCAACAGCAAUUGAUGAUGCAACAACAGCAGCGACAGCUACAACAAUUGCCGCAGUUGCAACAGCGCCAACAGCAGCAACUCGUGCAGAGACAAAUGCAACUGCAACAACAGCAGCAGCAGCAACUGAAUCAUAUAGUGCAACGCGAUCUGCAGCAACAGCAGCCACAAUUGCAAGUGCAGCAUGCGCAGCAGCAACAGCGACCUCCCCAGAAACAAUUUAUCAUUAAUCCACACACCGGGGACAUGGAACCAAUGGCCAGCGACGAUAGCGAGACGGAGGCCGAAGAAGAAACUGCCCAGCCGCAAUUCCGCAACAGCAAUAUGUCCAGUGGAUUGAGCAGCUUUAAUUUCAAUCCCGCCAACGACAUGCCCAGUCUGCCCAACAAUCUCUUCUCCGAGGAGGAUUCGAAUUCCGCGCAGCAACAUCCGAUGGGCAUUGGUAGUGAUCAGGAAAGGUCGCGCGACUCCCUGGCAUCGAACAAAUCGGCCUCAAGUCGGGCUAGAAAAACUCCGGUCCCGAAAGCGAAUCACAGCAAUUUAGGUGCGGGCGAUAAUUCGCCUCGGUCGAGCAAUAGUUCGCCUUUGAUUGGCUUGAACUCGCCCCAAUCCAUGACAGCUAAUGCAGGUGGAGCGCCCAGCAAGAAGGCCAAGCCAAAUCUGCUGCGCGGCAAGCUGCAACAGGGAGUCAAGGAGCGCAAGGCCAAGGAUCCGACGGCCACGCCGAAACCGAAGCGAGAGCGGGCGAAGGGCAAUGCCAAGACCAAGGCGGCCGAGGAGAAGAUUAAGCUGCGACUGAAGCUGGAUAAGGUGGAGACCACGCCGGCAGCGGGAGCUGGCUACGAGGGACAGAUCAUCAUAAACCAGCAGCAGCAGCAGACCAUUGUGGUCAACAAUCACAUGCAACAGUUGCCCAUACAGACGCAGCUGUUGACGUUGCCCACACAACAACAACAGCAGCAGCAGCAACAGUUGCAGCAACCUCAUAUGCAGCUAACCCAACAGCAACAUCAGCAGCAGCAGCAGCAUCAACAACCCUCACAGCUUCAGCAACAACCCUCACAGAUCCAGCAGCAGCAGCAACAACAACAGCCGCUCCAGCAGCAACAACAACAGCCGCUCCAGCAGCAACACCAUCCGGUCUACAGCAACUUUCAGCAACAGCAACAACAGUCACAGCAACAGGCUGUCCCGGGUCCCAACGAGCCCCGUGUUCCUCCCCUGCAGAUCCGUUUGCGCGGCAAGAACCAUGUGGUGGUCAAGAACACGCGAAAGGAUCGGAAGAAGGGUCAGAAUCAGGAGGCUAGCAUUGAUGAGCGGCAGCUGAAGCGCAGCUACAGCGAUCAACCGCCGCAGCAGUUGCUCAUGGACGCGAUGGACAACAAGCAGGCUAAGCUCACGCCACAGCAACACGUGAAUGGGCUGCCCAUACUGAUACAGAAGACGACGGCGACAGCGGCACCGCCACAAAUGGUACAACAACUGCAAACCGGAGGAGGAGCUACCACUACCAAGACCACCACCAUUGUGGCGGGCAAGAACGGGCUGACGAUUAGUGCCAUUGUGGAGGCUCACAAGGCUCAGGUUCAAGCGUUGGCCCUCGGUGACCCCCAGCCGAUUGUGGGCUCCACCAACACGGGAACGACGCCCACGCCCACCACGCUGCAGCAGCAGCAGCUCAGCAAGAUAGCCACCUCGUUGCCCAGCAGCAUUACCCUGAGUGCCAUUAACAGCAACAAUAAUAACAAUAAUGUGAACAGCGGGAAUAACAACAAUCGGCUGUUGACGAUGAAGAAUCCGAUUAAGACUGCCGCCACCAUAACACCCAUUGUGGGUGGCAAGCCGAUGACAAAAAACCAUAAGCCGCCGCCAUACAUCACAGCCGUGCAACAGCUGCAGCUGCAGAAGCAACAACAGCAGCAGCAGCAACAACAGCAGCAGCAACAACAGCAGCAGCAACAGCAGCGACAACUGGCGGCGGCCGUAACCAUGUUGCCCAGUGCGACGACCCUGAAGCGUGUGGAGAUAACAAAGGUCACACCGCAGGUCACGGCAGAGCAGGCUCCUAGCAUAAACCCAUCCCCAGUAGCAGUUGCAGCAGCAUCAGCAGCAGCCGCCACCACAGCAACACUAGCGACAUCGUCGACGCCCACUACGCAAACAACUCAGCUGAUCUGUGAUAGAAAGUUGCCAGUGGCCAGCAUGCCGCCCAUGACCACAGUCAACAAUGUUGUGGUGGCCACCGUGAACUCCUCUUCCGCCACAACCCUGUCGUCCCUAUCCUCCGUAUCCACAGCCUCCUCCGUAUCCAUAAUCACCACCUCAACCUCUACCUCAUCGCCGGCUGCUUUGCCCAGCACACUGCGCAACUCGCCCGCCAGCAAUGGCAGCGGGACACCCGGUCACGGCAAUAAUGGUGGUGGCGAGGACAGUGGCAUUGAGUCCAUGGACGCGCUCUCCGAGAAGAGCCCGCAUCAACUCUCCUCCAGCAGUCCCAUCCAGGUGAGCAAGGCGGCAGUUACGAUGGUGCAGCAGCAGACGAGCAACAUAGCCACCACUGCAGUCACGUCGGUGACCACACCCCCAGUGGUUGCUGCCAACUCAACGCCAGCUGCUGUGGCGCCAUCUCUAACCGGGUCCAGUUCCCUGCAGCAGCAGCAAAAGCAGCAGGCGGACGAUGAGAUUGAGAAGGCUCUGGCCAAGAUGGAAGGCGACUUUCCCGACGAUCUCGAGGACAUUGUGUCUUCGAUGAUUAAGGACACAAGCGAAUGUGCCAGCGCUGCAGGCGGUGGCUUCCUGAACAGCCUGGAGAACUCGCUGCCAGCGGCAACAGUAGCAACUGUUGUGGCGACAGCAACCACGAACACAAGUAGCGUCAAGUUGAAUGGCGAACACCAUAUACUCGAACACGAUGAUCUCAUCAAGAAACUCACAGAUAGCAAGCAACCGGCGGCCAAGGUGAAGCUGGAGGAGAUGCCACCGCUGCUGACCAUCAAAAAGGAGCCGGCGAUCAAGCCACCGGUGGGUGGCAGUGGUCUUAAGGUGGAAGCCAAAGUGGAGCCUAAAGCUGAGCCGAAAGCCGAGCCCAAGUCGGAGGAGAAGGUGCAAGAAAAGCCUCAGAGCGAGGCCAAUUCAGCCUCCCUGCAGCCCAUUUCGAUUGAGAUUCCUGCCCAGGUGGAUGGUGAAACGCCGAGGAUAAGGACGCGGGCCAGCAGUCGCCUGGAGAGUCCCCUGGAUGCGCCGAAAGCGAGUCCCGAUCCCACGGUGGUCACUGGAGCAGCAGCCACGACGGCAACGGCAACCAACACACCCAGCACUGCCAAGAGUCUUUCCCGCGCCUCUUCCACUGCCAGUCCUCGAGUAGUUACACCCACGCCCAAUCCCAACAACAACAACAAGCGACGGCGACAGGAAUCUGAGUGCGGCAGCAGUAAUGAUGGCGCCGAUUUGGCCGAGAACAGCAUUAAACGUCCGCGGGUGAGCAGCGGGAAUGGUGGCGCCGCCGCCUCCAAUAACAAUGCAGCAGAAGCGACAGUGGAUCUCAAUGCCGGUGCAGGAUUGCCCAAGAAGAUUGAAAUCGAGUCAUCCGAUUCGGAUGAGCCGCUGAUCGAGGUGGCCGGCAAGGUGCGGAACUCCAAGCAGGCCCAAGUGGAGGCCGCCGACGCGGCAGCAGCAGCAGCAGCAGUGGAAAAGCACGUGACGCGGCGAAAUGCACAGCAGCUACAGCCACCGCAAAACAAAACAACAGGCAACCAUGCUUCUGCACCCACUCCUCCCCUUGGAACCCCGAGGACGGGCAAAGCUCAAGUGCCAAUUGGAAACACCACUGCCGCCAAUAGCAAUCACAACAGCAGCACUUCCAACAAUCCCAGUGUGGUGUCCACCUCUGUGACGACGACAACAGUGCCAGGCGGAGCUGUGGUGACCACUACCAGCCAAACCAACAGCACCACGAACGUAGUGCACGCCACUCGAGGAGCCACGGCAGCGGCAGCCACGAAUAAUAAUGCCAGCUCGCCCACUGACGAGAAGAUCGGCACCCGGAGGAGUGUGCGGGCCAGUGCGGCGGCCAACAAGAUCAUCUACGGUCGCAGCAAUGCAGUCGCAGCUGCUGCAGCAGCCGCCGCCGCGGCAGAGCCGAAGGCAACACCUGCAAAGGCGGUAGCAGCAGUGGUCAGCAAUGUUGCCACCGUGGAGACCGUCGCGGAAGCCAGGCGAAAGACCCGCAGUGCAGUCAUUGGUGAGUCCAUGCUGACCGAGGGACGCCGGAGAAGAACGUCGCGUGACUACAAGUGACCAGAGUUUUGCGCCUUGGCUAAAGGCUUGAACCAUCCGAGCGAUGCGCACGAAGACGAUCUGCUGGAGCUCUUCGAAGACUUUGAGCAGCAACAGCAGCCGCAUCCGCAGCAGCAGCAGCAGCAACAGCUGGAGAUCAACAACAGCAGCAGCAGCAGCAGCUUUCCUUUAGCCCAGGCGCAGGACGAGGACGGUGAUGAGACGGCCGAAUACGAGAAUCUGGCGCGAGCAGCCGGCGGUUACAUGGAGGAGGCCGAUCACUUGCUGUCCUACCACAGCAGCAGCAGUGCCGCGGACGUAGAGGUGGACGAGGUCCUAAUGCCCGAGCUGGCCAAUGCCACGGCCCUGGACUGCGGCAACUUUGUCGAUUACGAUGAGUUCAACCUGUGCCUGAACAACAUCCUCAGCGAGGAGGAGGACAGUGGCAGCGGAGGAGCAGGAGGCAGAGGCGGAGGAGGCAUGGCAACUAAACACCAGCCGACAUGGCGCGAUGCCGGCGACGUACUCAACAUCGUGCAGCUGAACAACGAUUUGGGCUUGAGUUUCCAGGAGUUCGCCAGCGAGGCGACAACGGCGGAUGAGCAGCGCUCCGCCAGCAGCAGCUCGCCGCAGCUGGCGUAGUGAAGUCGGAGCACGGACGGCUACUUGUAUAUAUCACACGCACUGAUACCGAACGCUUUCGUUUGUAGUUCUUAGUCCUAGUUUCCGUUGAGGAUUUUGUAUAGUUAGUGGUAGCCACAAGUUGCAAUAAUGUUGCGUCUCAUAGCGAGCAACAUCACACCCAGACACACUCUAACACACACAAUACACACACACACACACCGCAGACGGACGGUUGCAAGCGCCAAUUUACACUUUGUUUUCUGCCCACCAGUCCGAGUUUAUUCGCCACUGCUAUUUAGUUACCCAGAAAAUCCACCCAUUGGAAAUGAUUUGCUAGUCAAGUGAAACAGGCAAUUUAAUGUAUAGCUCAGAAGAUGAAAAUUUGAACAAAUUAGUUGAUUAACGUAUUUGAGAAGCUCCCAUAAAAACUAACGUAGAAUAGAUGGCUGAAACUGAUAACUGAAGAAAGAAUAUCUCCAAACCCUCACGCGAACACACUUUCUCACGCAUGCAUAGUUUAAUUUGAAAAAAUCGUAUUUCCAUGGACCGCUCUGUAAAUAUAUUUUGAUUCUUUACAAUCCAACAUGAACACACAUUUCUAGCUUUAGGUUGUCUUACUUUUACGCGCUGCGCCCAGUCUAAAGUCGUCUAUAAGAAGCAGGUCCGUUGGAUCGAGCAGAUCAGAGCAGACCGCACGUUUACUUUAGGUUUUCUAGUUUUUUGUAACCUUUAACAUAUGAAUAUACAGUACAGUACAUACAGAUAUAGCGUAUUAGUUUCCGUAAGCUUGCGUUGUUUCGAAAAUUUGUUUUUUAGUUUUAAAUGCUCUAGCCUAAGGACAGUAAUCUUAACGCGAAUUCUUUACCAACAAUAUAUGCACAUGGAAACCUAUGCAAUAAGUUAGUCAAAAAUGUAAAAAGGCCAAGCACCACAACAAAAAUGAAAACAACACAAAAACCUACAAAAAACAAAAAAA